GACAUUUCGUUUUGAGAUUGAAUUUGGUUUGGUAAUGUUGUUUGUUGAUGAAAAAUUGAAAAUCAAAAUAUUAACAAAAAUUAAUGGAAGAAGUUGAUUUAAAAAAUUUCCAAGUAGUAAAAAAUGAAGAGGGAGUUGUAUUCAUUGACAAGACAAACGUUAUGCUUCAAAAUGCUUCAACUGGAGAAGUUUUAACGACAUCCUUUGAUAAUGUAUCUUCAUUCUAUGGUCUAGACAGUCAUUCAUCGGAUGCACCAAUGGCACCUGGUGAAGACGAUAACUACCAAGAGUAUUCACCAGAAGCCAGUUUAAAAGAAUCCCCAGAAGAUAGUUUCGAUGAUGAAGCGAUGCCAGAAGAUACACCAAGUGCAGUUUCAUCUCGACCUCCAAUCAAAUGGGGACAUGAAGAGACUAAAUUUCUGCUCCAACUCUACUCAAAACUGAUAACUUGUGUGGGCCCAGAUAAAAAGUUUCGCACAAAGAAACUAAUGUGGGCUCACUUAGCAACGCUAAUUCAACGGAAGUUUAAGAUCUCCCCCAAUGCCACACAAGUUGAAACUCGCUACAAAUGUGUGUCGAAACGUACAAAAAAGCCAAAUUUGAUGAUUCCCAUCGACAAAAAUGUUCGCAAAGAAAUUGCCUAUAGCAACGAAAGGUUCGCCAAAUGCGAUCAAGAGGAUCCCAUUGGGAUAGAAACUGUGAUGUCGCAGGGCAGAAUUUUCAUGCUACCUCGGGAGCCGGUAGUCAGUUUGCCACCGCCUGCUCCCUCCACUUUAUUGAAAAUGAUCCCAGAACCUCCGGAACAAGAUGAACAAGAUAUCCUAGAAGGGGACAAUACACAAAAUCCAGUUCGUAGGAAUAGAAAACCACCUCAAGUUGUGAUGUUUGAAAAAUAUCUACAACAAAAAGCGGAGUUUUAUGAAAGACGAGAAGCCAAAACCGACGAAAGAGCCCGAAAAAAAGCUGAGCGGGAGAAGGAAAAAGAAAGACACAAACAACAAAGAGAAAAGGAGAAGAUUGAACGAGAAAAAGAGAAGGAACUGAUGAAGCAACAGAGGCAUUUAGAAAAAAUGAAGCUUCUCAGAGAAAUACUGAAUAAAAGCUUUAAAAAAUAAUUUGUUUGAUUUUUAGUUAAUUUUAUUCAAAGACCUUGUGUUAUCUCAUAUCGUUUCAUUUGUCCAUUAUGAAGGGACAUGCUUUCCAAUAUAGAUGGCUCCUCCUCUUUCACAAAAA